GGUGAUAUCAGUGCUUACCGAGGUAUAAAAAACAAACAUGAAGAAACACCCUUAAAGCGAAACAAGACCGACGUGAGUGUGGAUCGAAGUUCGGAAGAGAGAAAGAGAGGAGAGAGAGAGAGAGAGAGCGAAAGAGAAAGAAAGAGAGCAGCGACUGCUAAAAAUUCAAAGAGGCGAAAAAUUCGAAGGAAUAAAUUGAAAGUUUGCGUGGGAGAAAGGAAAAAACGAAAAAACCCACGUGAGUUUCUGGUUGACUCGGAAGUGACACAAAAGUUUUCACCGCACUUCGUAUUGUCACUGGAUAAACUUUGGAUAUUGUUCAAGUAACGAUUCCUCGCCUGCCUUAAGUAUAUACAUAUACAUACAUACAUUAUAUAACGCCAACUUUACGAAAGCGCGAAAAAAAGAAGGAAAAGAUUCGCGCGAAACGUCGUUUGAAAUUUGGAUGGGCUAAAAAAAAAAGAGGAAAAAUACAUAUAUAAAUAUUCGAAAAAAUAUAUACAUAUAUAUAUAUAUAUAUUUCAAUCCACGCUUAAUCCGCUUUGAUCCCUGGGAAAGGAUUUGCGAAUCUGCAAAUAACGAGGGGGAAUUCCUACAGUCGAACCGACCAAGAAAAUACCGCACACAGCAUUGACAUCUUCGAGAGUUUCUGAGUAACUCUUUUUCGAAGAUGAACAACGAGCCAAUUCCAAUGCCGCCACCUGCGGGUAGCGAACAUUCUCCCGACAUGCACAUCAACAUGGAACGAAUAGAUAAUCCGCACAAACGUUUGAGUCUGAGAAGACAAAGCAUAGCAAACGCCGUCAUGAACCAGAGAAGAGCUUUACUCGGAGCUUUGAUGAGCGAACUGGGAAGUAACAUAUCCCUUCCCUCGGCUGUGUCGCUCGAUCACGACUAUGGUCAGCCGCACGGAAGCCAGCUCUCGAUUCCUCAUAUUCAAGACCAUCACUCUCUCCGGCCAACGAUGUUGCAAUUAACGCCGGUUGCCACAGCUGCAGGACCCUUGGUGAACAUGGACGUCGCGAAGGGUGAGUGGACGCCACCCACGUUGCCGACGCCACCGACGCCGCCGACGCCACCCACGGAAAAGAAGUACAACCACAAGUACCAGGAGCUUAUGUCAACUCUGAGCACACUUUACGCGAAACUUUUGGUAGUCGUGGGUGUCGCCAUACCCGUUACCGCCAGCGUUAGCAAAGGCGUGCCCACGGCUUAUGAUCAGGGAUACUACCUUUACUUAUACUUGACAAGUGUGGCAUUUGUGGUGAUGCUGUACACAACACUGAUGAGGGACAAGGCGGUUAAAAGGUUGCUGAUAAAGCACAACAUGGAGGAAAAGAUCUAUGAAUUUCCCGAGGAUCCAGGCAGACCACCGAUAAUUCAGGCUCAGCAGUAUGGCAGCUUCUGUCUCCGACUUGGCGCGGUUGGCUUUGGCGCUGGUUCUCUGGUCUUCACCGGGUUGCAAAUCGGCGCUGAAAUAUCGACAUCCUCGGGUGCCCUUCGAGCACUAACGCCGGCGGCCCGUCUUCUCCUGGUCACAGCCCAGAUGCACUUCAUAUUUUUGAACAGUAAAGACUUGGAACUCGCGAGGCACGGCGCCCUCGCUAAAUUGGGUCUCAUGCAUAUGAUCGCGACGAAUUUAUGCGAAUGGUUGCAGGCUUUGAUACAAGAGACACGUCACGAAAUUGAUCAGCUGGAAAACGAACACGAAAGUCGGCGUGGAAUAUUGUCAGGACUUCUAACGAACGCGAGUCCAUUCCUGUUCCCUUGCACUAUUGAGUUCAGUUUAAUUUGCGCGGUUAUACUGUUCGAGAUGUGGAAAAGGAUCGAUGAAAAACCGAUGAGAAGCGAAAGUCAUACAAGAUCUAUUCACCAACUGAGCAUAGACUGCAGCAGUGCACAUAAAGGAUUGUUCGCCGGUAUAUUGAUCAUAGCUGCAACCAUACUUAGCUUGAUCAUGUUCUUCGUAUUGAAAGAAGAAAAGCCCGACAUCGCUGUGCAACAAGUCACGGUCCUUGAGGCUUGCAUACUGCUCGGAGGCAUAAUGGCGUCCGUGGGAGGCGCGAUAAAACUACGAAACCUAGAACCAAAGCCAGCGAAGGGACAGAACCUGGACGCAACUUUGCUGGCGGCAGCUCAAGCAGGAGUUUACUUGCACUGUUUGUUCAGCGUGGUGGGAGGAUUUCUGACAACUGGUCCACGCUGGGGUAUCGCUUUGACCGCCGACAUAUUGGCACUCGUUCAAAGCACCGUUCAAACAUUGCUCAUUAAGGUUGCCUGGAGGCGACGUUCAGCGACGUACGAUAAACCGGGAAAAGAGCUAAUUACCUUCCUGAUAGUAGCGAACAUCGCGCUCUGGUCGGUAAAUACUCUGGAAAAAUCUCGAGCUGGAGUCCGUCCGCAGCACAUUGAAUUCUUCGGUGUUUGGGCCUGGACGAUAAUCACUCACGUAUCAAUGCCACUGGCGAUAUUCUUCAGGUUUCACUCCGCGAUCUGCCUUUUCGAGGUUUGGAAGAGCUGCUACAAGUACAGACCACCAGGAUCAGCUCAAACGCCAAGCUAAUACCACACGCGGGCCGAAUAUCUUCGGUGUAAUCUGAUGUAAAUUGUAUGUAAACUUGGGAAGUAAAACAGCAUCGUUAUCAGGGGCCAACCAUUAUGCUGUGA